GACGUGCCGACGGCGACGGACGCGCUCAAGCACAAGAUCCAGCGCGCGAGGCAGCAGAUCAAGGCCCUGCCCGACAUGCCGCGCACCAUCGCCGAGCAGGAGGAACACAUCUCCGAGCUCGAGGAGACCAUCCGCCUGCAGCAGGAGGUCCUUGCCGGCCUCAGGGGCAUCGGGGUGCAGUUUGGCGCCGAGGGCGGGGACAGGAUGGAGAUGUGA